AUUCAUUCCACGCAUCAACUUUCCGCGCUACACACUCAGGAUGUUUACCGCCAGAGGUAUGGUCAGCCCACUCGCCCGUUGCGGCUUCUAGCCACUGGAAGAGCCGCGAGUAUCCCCGACAUCUUUCAGAAGUGACCAGAAACCACGGACACAGCGAUUCAAUGAACACAGCACUCGAAAUCACGAAUCAAUUGACAGAGUUGCGUGCCAUACAGUUUUACUCGCACACUGCUUCCUCAAUGUUGCCCCUUUUGGAAUCCCUCUGUCAACUACAAUUAACUCGCCCGACUUUGUCCGCCCUUGCUCGUCAUCAUAUCUAAUUAUCGGCAUUGCUUUCUAUCAUGAUAGGAGUCACUGUCCGUUCAGGUUGGUCGUUAACUGCCGUGCGUCAAUAUGCCACGGCGACGCAAAUCUCAGCAAAGGCACUUACACCAAAGAACAAGGCAGCAGUGACAGUAGCGGCAGCAGGAAAACGUUUAACAAACUACGGCAAGGAAUUCCGUCCCCAAAAGACAUUCCUGCAUCACACCUACUCCAACAUCUUGGAAUUGAACCGCAUCAUGCUGAUCUGUCAACACAACAAUAUGUCUGUUCCCGAGUUGAUCCAGCUUCGCACAGAAUUGGCGGCUGCAGGUGCUGAGAUGACAGUUAUUCGUCUGGGAAUUUUCUCUGCUGCUUUGAGGGAGACGAGAUAUGCCAACUUGGCGCCGUUGAUCAAUGGACCAACCUGUGUAAUCAGCUGCAACGUCAGUCCCGAGGACGAGGAAGCCCAGUCAAAUGCCAAGAAUCCCAGAGGUCUUAUAGGAAUCAGAAAGAUCGUAGAGAAGCACAGCAAGAUGAUUCUACUCGGAGGAAAGGUCGACGAUGCACUCGUUAGUGUCGAGGACAUGAGGAAGAUGGUCGAGAUGCCUGGAAUUCAGACCCUGCGGUCCCAGGUGGUCGGCCUGCUGAGCCAGGCUGGUGGAGGACGCUUGGUGCAGCUUUUGAACAUGAACCCAACGCUGCUGGUCAUGAACCUGGGUGCACACGCCAAAUCUGGUAGCGAAGGCGAGGCCAAGGCAUAAGGCGAUGUGGAAAGAACAAGAUAGACACAAUACAUUCAUUUAUUUCAUUAAUUCUUGCCUCAAUAGUUUACACGAACAUGUCUUUGCUCAUGCACAGCUCAUAACGGAAACUGGAAA